AUGUUCAUCAAACUUGACCAUUACUACGUUGUAUUUGUCGCUAUCACCUACUGCUGUGAACGGUUGGAGUUGAGGAUUGUGCUGCUGGGUAAGAGUGGAGCUGGAAAGAGUGCAACAGGAAACACCAUCCUGGGGAAAAGGGUUUUUGAAGAAGAUUCAUUUUUUGACUCUGCCACUUCAGUUUCUCUUAAGGAGAGUGGAUGGGUGUUUGGGAGGCAGAUCACACUGGUCAACACCCCAGUACUAUUUGAUACAUCUAAGACACCAGAUGAGCUGAAAAGUGAGAUAGAGAAGUGUGUCAACAUGUCUGUUCCUGGACCUCACGUCUUCUUGCUGUUGAUCAGAUUAGGGGUGAGGUUCACAGAGGAAGAGAGGAAUGCAGUGAAGUGGAUCCAGGAGAACUUUGGCAAGAGAGCAGAGUUCACCAUGGUACUGUUCACUCAUGCUGAUCAGCAGAAGGGGAAAUCAGUGGAACACAACUUUAAUAAAGACCUUCGGACCCUGAUAGACAGCUGUGGAGGAGGAUAUCACUCCUUUAAUAAUUUAGAGCGGGAUGACCAGACUCAAGUGGAAGAGCUGCUGGAGAAGAUUGAUGCCAUGGUGGAGAAGAAUGAUGGAGAACACUACACAAACAAGAUGUACCAGGAGGCUCAGAGAAAGAUGCAAGAAGAGGAGGAGAGGAAGAGACAGGAGGAGGAGAAGAAACAAAAGGAAUAUCAGAGCCAGAUGCAAGAAGAGGAGGAGAGGAAAAGACAGGAGAAAGAGAAGCAAGGACAGGAGUAUGAGAGGAAGAUCAGAGAAGACGAACGGAAGCAAGCCGAGGAAGAUUUUAGAAAGGCUGAAGAGGAGAGGAAAAAACAAGGAGGUUUUGGAGCCGUUUUGGGAAGAUGGAAGGAAAGAUUUGUAGGAGAGCUGGAGACUGGAACUGUUGGACAAGUUGGAGGCUACGAUGGAGAAGAGUAG